GCCCCGGAACAUUUGAAACAUGAGUUGUUCUUAAAAAGACUUAGAGAGAAACUGCCUCUAAAGCGGACGACGAGCUCCGACUCCUCCAAGUGUAUCUGCUUCAGGCAAUCAAUGAGGACCGCGAUGCUUACUUCUGCAGCUCUCUGUCCCUCUUUUCUCUCCUUCGCCUUACUAGAUAUUAUAGUGCAUUUCAACUUUUGUACAGGCACACAGGCAAAGGGAAGUUUGGAUUCCAUUUUUGACCACAAUUCAGUUUAAUUUUGUUUCCUGUAAUAAAUAUGAGAGGUCGGUUUGUUGUCACUUUUCUUUGGAAUUUAAUAUGUUCCAUUUCUUAUGCUGUUUUACGGGUAGGAUAAGGAAACAACAAAAAGGUGUGACAAGAGCUUGGCGGACAACUGUGGAUUUCUGCGAGUAACUCCUACCACCCAAAGGGGAUGAGGGGGGCAUCGGCCGGACCCCCCUCUUGAUUGAUUACUUAUUAGUCAUCCCUUUGGCUAAAUGGGACCCAUUGAAAAGGCACCGUGGAACACAUACAUGAAUCAAAUAUUCCUGUGUCCCCUGAAUGUCUCCAGAGUAGUUUUGGUUAAGAGAGGGGGUCGUGGCUUAGCAUUAUAAAGAGGGAAAAACAGCAUAGCUUUAUGGGUUUAUUUAGACAGUUUCUACGGUUUGACAUUCUACCGCUGUAAAAAGAGAGAAGGAAAAACUCGAGAGGAUUCCAAAGAAGAGAACAUUAAGGACAUACAUUUGUCUAGUUAAUUCCGUUGUUUCUUUUAUUUUUGUCCUCUUAUUUUAAAUAUUUUUUUGCCAUUUCCUCUCCCGAAAAAUGAAACUUUGGACAUCUCCCUGGGUGUCUUGCCUGGUGAUUCUCAUCUUGUGUUUUGGAUCAGAGUGCGGGACAGUCCGGGGAAAGGGGAGAUCCAAGAGGGAGUUGGUGCGCAUUAGGGAGGCGAAAGCCACCAUCCCAGGGGCUUGUGCCACACGUCUGCCCCGGGGCAAACGGUCUUUGCCCGGCUUGGAGAGACGGGUACUUCGCCAGCGUCGGCGCUCCUCUCAAGCGGAGGAAAACUCUCCAGACCGGGGGAAAGCUGUCUAUUUUACCGGCAGGGGAGAUCAGCUACGGCUGAAGCCUGGCGUGGAGAUACCCAGAGGAAAUUUCACUCUGGAGAUGUGGAUCAAACCGGAGGGAGGUCAACGAUCACCCACAGUGAUUGCAGGCCUAUACGACAAAUGUUUCUACGCCUCCAGUGACCGAGGCUGGCUGCUUGGCAUACAGGCGGUUAGUGAACAUGGGAAUCGUGACCCCCGCUUCUUCUUCUCCCUUAAAACUGACCGUGCCCACAAAGUGACCUCCAUCCACUCCAACACUCGUUACAUACCCAACCAAUGGGUACAUGUGGCAGUCACAUAUGAUGGCGUGUACAUGAAGCUCUUUGUUAAUGGCGCCCAAGUGGGUGUCAGUCGGGAGCAGUCAGGUGAUGUUUUCAGCCAUUUGACCAAAAAGUGCAAAGUGCUGAUGACUGGGGGGAAUGCACUGAAUCAUAAUUACAGGGGGGCAGUGGAAAGGGUGGGUCUAUGGAGGCAGGCCCGAGGGCAGAGGCAGAUUAUCAGGGAUAUGCAGGGCCACGAGGAUCCCCAAGAUCUACCUCAGCUGGUCAUUCGUGAAACAUUCGAGCACCCAGGUCGGAAGUGGCUGACCGUGAAAGAUGGUAGCUUUCCUCAGCCUGAGCAGGGAGGAGGUGGACGAUUAGGGUUUCUGGGUGGUGGUGGAGUUGGAAAUUCUGAGGGAUUAUUGGACACAACUCUGGAGCCUCCAACUUGUGGUCAAACUGUCUGCGACAAUGUUGAGGUCAUCAAAAACUACAACCAGCUUUGGAACUUCCGUCGGCCCAAGAAAGUACGGUAUCGUGUCAUAAAUAUUUGGGACGAUGCACGGAUGAGGCCAACUGUAUCAGACCACCAGAUCAGCCUGCAGCACCAGCAGCUAAAUGAUGCCUUUAGCCCCUACAACAUCACCUGGGAGCUUAGCAUUCACAAUGUUACCAAUUCCUCCCUUCGAAACCGGUUGAUUCUAGCUAACUGUGAUAUUAGCAAAGUUGGUGAUGAUGCAUGUGACCCAGAAUGCAAUCAUCCGCUGACAGGGUUUGAUGCAGGUGACUGCAUGUCUGGGCAUCGGAGUCGUUGCCCUGAGCACAAACAGGGGAAUGGUGUAUGUGACCCUGAAUGUAACUGGGAAAACUUCUUCUAUGACCUUGGCGACUGUUGUAACCCCAAUGUGACAGAUGUGACCAAGACAUGCUUCAACCGUUCUUCUCCACACAAAGCCUAUUUGGAUGUGAAAGAGCUGAAAGAGAUUCUGCAUUUGGAUGGCUCAACUCACCUGAAUGUCUUCUUUGCCAACUCCUCUGAUGAAGAUCUGGCGGGGGUUGCCACUUGGCCCUGGGACAAAGAGGCCCUCACACAUCUGGGUGGAAUUGUGCUGAACCCUUCCUUCUAUGGUACAUUUGGUCACACUGACACAAUGGUCCAUGAGAUCGGUCACAGUCUUGGGCUUUACCACGUGUUUCGAGGUAUAUCAGAGAUCGAGUCGUGUAAUGAUGCAUGUUUGGAGACUGAGCCCUCAAUGGAGACUGGAGAUCUGUGUGCGGACACCAACCCCACUCCCAAACACAAAGGCUGCCACGAUCCUGAACCUGGCAAUGAAACCUGUGGCUGUCGGCAUUUCACACACACGCCGUUUAACAACUACAUGAGUUAUGCAGACGAUGCAUGCACAGACUCCUUCACACUGAACCAGGUGGCUAGGAUGCACUGCUACCUGGAUCUCAUCUACCAGACCUGGCAACCCGCCUCCAAACCUCCUCCAGUGCCAAUGGCACCCCAAGUGGUUGAGCAGCAUCAUAAUUCCAUCAACCUGGAAUGGUUUCCACCCAUUUCUGGACACUUUUACAACAGAGAAGUGGGAUCAGUGUGUGAUAAAUGCACUGAGGGGAGAGUUCUACUGCAGUAUGCCUCCAAUUCCUCCUCCCCACGACCAUGUGCCCCUUCUGGACACUGGUCCCCACGAGAGGCUGAAGGCCCUCCAGAUGUGGAGCAGGCUUGUGAGCCAAGUGUGCGCACCUGGAGCCCCAAUGCAGGGAUCGAGCAAGGUGUUGUCGGCCUGUCGGAGUGCCCUCUCCAGGGCUGCAUGCUUCAGCUAGAGUUCCCCUACCCGCUGGUACCAGACUCCCUGACUGUGUGGAUCACCUUCUUCAGUCCUGAAGAGACAGCACUGCCAGCUAUCCACAACAUCUUGCUACUGACUGUCAGUGGGAACAACAUUUCAUUGGGCCCUAGUAAUGUCUUCUGUGACACCCCACUGACUCUGAAGCUGGACAUAGAGGAAGAGGUGUAUGGGGUGCAAUUUUUCACUAUGGAGCAACACCUUGAGAUUGAUGCCACCCUCUUGGCAUCCAAGCCAGACUGCACACUUUGUAGGUAUUGCCAACCACUACGCUACCGCCUGUUGCGCCAACCACCCUUCACCCAUGCACCGCACGGUCUGAUGUUGAAUGAACCUACCCGCCGAUAUACAGACAGGGAUGUGGUGCCACAUGUUGUGUACACCUACCAGGUCCAAACCAUCUCCGGCCGGAGUGAGAGUGAGCCCUCCCCACCUCUGGUGCACGAACUGGGGUCACACUACUGGGAUGGACGCAUCCAGAGUUCCAAAGGAGAAGAAUGUGAUGAUAUGAACUCUAUGAAUGGGGAUGGCUGCUCCAGCCAGUGCAAGAAAGAGCCCUUCUUCAACUGUGUUGAGGAGCCCAGCAUGUGUUACUACUAUGAUGGUGAUGGGGUGUGUGAGGACUUUGAGCGAGAGACGGGCGUGAGAGACUGUGGCCUCUACACCCCCAAUGGUUUCCUUGACCAGUGGGCCUCCACUGUCGAAGUUUCCCAUGAGGAGAAGCCCUAUUGUUCUGGUGAGGUGGCUGCUGGAUACCCUGCUGUUACUAAGACAUGUCAGUCCAAGGUGUUUGAUCUAUCAGAUGGAGUGUCCCAGUAUGCAUGGUUCCCUUGUCGUGAGGCCCAUAAAUCAACCUGGGGAUAUCCUAACUAUUGGCUCAAGGCCCACUUUUCUCAUCCCAUGGUGGCAGCAGCAGUGAUUAUACAUUUGGCUGCUGAUGGAACUACCUACAUUGACCAGACUCAGUGUAACAUCACUGUUCAGUUGGUGGACACCAAGGAGGGCAUCCACAGUCUAGGUGAGUGGCGUCUCAGCUGCCGCACCAACCCUUUGGUGAUCCCAGUGAGCCAUGACCUGUCAGUGGCCUUCUUUCACACCAAGGCUAUCCUGGUCAUGUUUGCCUCUCGUCUCGUGGCCAUCUCCGGCGUAGGCCUGCGCUCCUUCCAGUCCUUCGACCCCAUUACGAUAAGUGGUUGCCAGAGCAAUGAGAUCUACAACCCCACAGGCCAGAGUUGUGUACAUUAUUCGUGCGAAGCCAUUGACUGCCAGGAACCUUUAGUCCGCAAUGCAGAGCUCAAGUGCAGUAGCCCCGGCCGCCACUUCUACAAUGGAGACCGCUGCACCAUCUCCUGCAACUCUGGAUAUGUCCUGCAAAUCCACCAGGAUGAUGACAUCAUCAAGAGCCAGUCCGACUCUUCAGUGACUAUAACCUGUGCAAAUGGAAAGUGGAACAAACAGGUGUCAUGUGAGCCUGUGGACUGUGGUCUGCCAGACAAAUACCAUGUUCAUCCUGCCCAUUUCAACUUCCCUGAGGGCACUACCUACGGCAAGAAGAGCACCUUUCAGUGUCGAGAACCUGCCCAGCUCGUAGGUACAAACAACACUCUCACCUGUCUAGAAGACGGUCUGUGGUCCUUCCCGGAGGCUCUUUGUGAGCUUCGCUGCCCGGCCCCUCCUCCUGUACCCAAUGCUGUGCUGCAGACCAAGCGCUGCAAUGAGACAGGCCUCAAAGUGGGCACGCUCUGCAAGUACAAGUGCAAGCCAGGCUACCAUGUCACCAACAAACCUAAGAGGCGUGCAUUUAAGCGCCAGUGCACGGAGGAUGGCAGCUGGUUAGAGGGGGCAUGCGAGCCAGUGACUUGUGAUCCCCCACCUCCCAUCUUCCAUGGCUCCUAUCACUGUACUGACGGCUUCCGCUUUGACAGCGUCUGCAGACUCAACUGCUCUGAUCCUGCCGGUAAAACUGCUCUCACCGCCACAGGAGGCUCUGCCCAUACGGUGAGGCUGCUGCACGCUCCAUGCAAGCAGGGUGCGGGGUCUAAUGUGAUCCGCUGUAGGAAGGAUGGAAACUGGACAGGGUCAUUCCGCCUAUGCCCAAACAGCAAAGGCCAGUGUUCUUUACCUCAAAACCUCCAUUAUAGCCUACAGUACUCAUGCAAGCGAGGACACGGCAUAGGUGAGGAGUGUGAGCUGAUGUGCAGAGAGAGUAACAACGACGUGGUGAUCCUCCCAAGCAACAUGACAGUAGAAAGGGUACUUAAAGAGCACUGGAGGAACCCGCACAAAGUCAAGAGUAUAGUCUGUACAAUGGGCCUGAAAUGGUAUCCACACCCAGAACUGCUCCACUGCAUCAAAGGAUGUGAGCCAUUCAUGGGAGACAACUACUGUGAUUCGGUCAACAACAGAGCCUUCUGCAACUAUGAUGGAGGAGACUGCUGCCAAUCCACUGUCAAGACCAAGAAGGUGAUUCCAUUCCCAAUGUCCUGUGACAUACGGGAUGAGUGCUCCUGUCGGGAUCCCAAUGCUAUAGAGAACAGAAAGGAUGAACAUGUCCAUUCCCUGGGGUGACCAACCUGAGCAGGGACCUCUGUUCAACGUCCCAGGACCCUUGCACCAACACAACACAGCCAGAGCGGCCGAGGCAGACCCCUCCUUCAUCCUCCUCUCGGUCUUCAAUUUCCUGCACAUGCUGCUUAACAGGCAUACCUCUCCAUCCAUACUGCAAUCCCAACCAGAUGAAAUGCCUCCGCCUACACAUCACAGAAAGAUCUAGAAUAGAGGAUGGGACUCAUGAGACUCCACAGAAAACUUCAUUUCUCAGCUAAAAGGAAAGUAACCCUGCAAUAUUAUCAUUAAAAAACAUAUAUAGCAAGGAGAAAAAAUAAAUUACAUGAAAUGGACAUUUUUUUGAAAGAAUAAGAAAACAAACAAAAAAAACCUAAACAAAAAACAUAACCAAGCCUAGGUAGCAUGCCUUUUGUUCAGUUUUGUGCUGGCUUCAGUGUCUAUUUUAGUGACCUUGCUCUACAAUCACAUUAUUGAACCAAAGGUAAAUCAAAAUGUGCAAGUGGGGGAUUGUGUUGAUGUCGGCUUUGUGUUUUGCAAAUAUGAAGGCAGUCAAGACAAAUGUUAAAAAUAAUCCUCAGACACUUUGAAGGCAUGUUAAACACAUUUUUGGAGGGGCUAGAAGUUUGCGCUUAUAUCAUUCCUGGUUUCAAACUGGUCAGACAUUCUGUAUCUCUAUGUCCUUUUCAGUAAAGUGUGUUUCUUCAUAGGCACAUCAGAGGCUUUAGAGGUUAUUCCUAGCUUGGUGGGGAAUGAGACAGCCAUAUUGUUAAUUUUCAAGCCACAGAUUCAACACAAAAGCCAAAAUGAAAUGCACAAACACACAAAAAAUGUCAAGUAAUUGUUGACCAAUCACAUACACAAUUUCCUAAGACAAUUUUAUACUUAGAGCAAAAUCCUGAAUGCAUAAUUAAACCAUUUUUUAGCAUGGCUUCUGCUGCUGUGUUUGCUGCUACUUGCCAUCUUCACAUCAUAAAAUCUAAUAGGGUUAGACAGCUUUGUCUGCCUUGCUGCUUACAGUACCUCUUUAUAGCAUUCAUUCACGCUUGCAUGUUAGUCCAUGAUAUUUUCAGAGAAUCCAUGUUGACAACACCACAUAUAAAAUGCACUAAGAACUUUAAAAAACCCAGAACCUCACUUGUCAUCCCCGUUUAACUUAACUGCCCAAGAAAAAUACUACAUACAUUGACCACGACUUAAAGAAUGUCAUCGAUAACACCUCACUUCGGGUUGGGGUGAUCUUAGUUUCAGUUUGAACUCCCCCUCAUGCGCUUGAUAAGAACUUUAUUACCUCAAGUACUGAUUCAAAAUGUUUAAACUGAAAAUAAAAUGAUCCCAGCCCUGUUCAGAAUGUAGUCAAUGCUUGUCAGGAGUCUGUGGCUUUUUUGAUUGCACAGUACUGCACAGCACAGUCACACAAGAGUACAGAAAUAAUGGGCUGGAUAUAGGCCAUGGCUCUUGGUGAAAAUGAGUAUAGGUGGAAGGAGACCACAUCUGACACACACAAAUGAACGUAUAUACACACAUAUCUCCCAUUCUCUCCCCUCCAAGUGGUAUGGACUCUCAGCUGUAGCUCUGCAGGCAGCAAUGUUAUACAUGAAAAUGACAUUUGGAUGUAUAUGUCAACACAGCAUUUGCAGUAACAAUAUGAUCAAAGGUCCCUAAGGUUGUCUGCUGGGUCUAGUGUUUAAGUAAUUCAUUUAUCUGUUAUGUUUGUCUCUGCAGUAAAAAGUGCACUUGGUUGCUCUGAUCAGCACUUUUCAGUAUUGUGAACUUGGGUGUCCGUCCCCACCAAUUAACUUCUUUAGAUUAUAUGGCUGCUACAAUAGCUUUGUAUUUUGUUACUCUUCAUUCCAGACAUAUAUACACUAGUUUUUCUCAUGCACAUUUGAUAAUGAAGGCUGCUUGGCAUAUUGGUCCAAAUUCUGCUGCUCUUAUUUGGCUGCAACCAUAGUCAUGGUUACAAUCAGCAUGAAUAUGACUUUUCAUUUCAUUUGGGCCAAUGGCACAGUCCAUCUGACUCAUAUUAGGCUGCUAUAGCAUUCCAGAUCAUUCUCAUAAAUCACUGUACACAACAAGCUGUACAAGUGGCGAUGUAAGACCAAUUUCAUGUCAUUUUAAAACCAAUGUUAGUGAAGAACUAAGUCGAUACCACAACAUGCAGAGAAAGUGAGAAGGUAUUAUUUUCCACCAAAUAUAAAGAAAAAAAAUCAAAAAUAUCAUGUAAAUAUUACUAUAUGUUCUUGAUGGACAGGAGCGUUGAAAAAUGUUUUUAGUUUUUUUGUUUUUGUUUUCAUGUAUUUCAUUUUUACAAAAUGUCAUAUUUAAUCAGUGUUCGUAUUAUUGACCUCAGUUACUGCACUUUUUAGUUUCCAUGUAAGAAGAAAAUCUUUCAAAAAUGUUUAGAAGCUGCUAUUGUCAGAAUGGUGAUCUGAAACAAACUGUAAGAUAUUCGGUCGUUUGACUCCCUGUGUUGCUAUUAGCUUUCCUGUCAUUAGUGUUUUAUUUGUAUCUGGCCAUAGAUACUCCUCUCCAAUUUAAACUGACUUUGCAUUCAAUGUUAUCAAUGAAGUAGGGAGGUAUUGUCACUAUGAACCAUCAAUCCAUCCAUCCAUCCAUCAUCAAUAAAGGCCUGACAAUCUCCAAAAAUAGGGUACACAUCAACACAUUAUGUUUAGAAAUAUAUUGUCACAUAUUUAAGGUCUAGUUAGACUGCAAAUCCUUUGUUUUUGUUUUGCCCUGAUGUGUGUAAUACAUCAUCUUAGGUUAAAUGUGUACAUUUUGGAAGAGUAACAAAGAAAUGUCAAAGGGGAAGGAAACGCUUAAAUGAAGGAAUUCCCAUUAAAAGGGACUCUUGAGAGACUUUGUAACUUUUAUGAAAUAUGAAACUUUGUAAGGAUGUUGUAAAGGCUACAUCAAAAAUUGCAUUUAACACUUUAUAUGAAACAUGAUAUAGCCCAGGUAAAAGAAAGACUUGUAUUAUGUUGAUAUUAUCAAAUUAUAUGUAAUAUUAGUACUCAAGAUACUGCAGCUUUACAUAGAACUGUUACCAAUGGGGAGAGACUGACCUGCAGUCAGUACACUAAGCCAAUGACAUGCAGUACUGUGGUUCAUCAUCUGCCAUUGAGGUCACUGGAAAGCCAUUCUAGCAGUUUGAAUGGAUGAAUCCAAAAUCUGUCAUUGGAUCCAUCCCUUCAUUCUAUAAAAAUAACAUAACCUGUCAUUGCUUCCACAUACUUUGGCUAACUUCCUCCUCAACAAUUACUUGUAUCAUCAGUCAAUGUCUGGAUGCCAAAACAGCUGAGCAUAAUUACUAGAAAAGCUAUAGAAUGUGACUGCAUGUCAACUUGAAAAAUUUGAUUCUUAAUAUUGGAGAAGGUACCCAUAAGCCAUAGAUAACCAAGAUAUUCAUGGAAGGAAGUACAAGAUUACACAUUGGAUGAGGACAUCGCCUCUCUACUGUAGUCAUCACAGGAUCUCUUGCUGUACCUCAUGCCUGUAAUGUUUGCUGCUUCUAUAUUUUUGGUAUUUUAGUGACAUUUUUGCGUCUCAUAACAAUGGUGUAAAUAGUAGAACUAUUUAUUGAGAGUGUUAUACUUUUUUAAGUUAUAUUUAAUGUCCAUGUAAGUUAUUUUUUACAUUGUUCUUAUAUUCAAAAACAUUAUCGGUUGUGAGUCAAAACUGUCAUUUUGUCUCUGUCAUCACACUCUGUUGUGAUUAUUGCUGUCAAGCAGUGAUCAGACAUAUAGUACACUUCAGGCCCGCAACCACACGAACUUGUCUCAUUGGUCAUUAAGUGUAGAUGGACACUGCUUGCAUCCAAUGAGGAUUCACCACAUGCUCAACUGUUACUGAGUGCAGUGUAUCAUUUUUUUCAUUUAAAACCAGAAUGUAAAGUUUGUUUGUUUUUUUUCUUUUAUUUGCUUUUUUUAAAUAAUGCACACAUUAGCCAUAUGUACAAGGAGUUGUGAAAAGAGAACCAAGUAUAUAAUGGUCAAGUACAUAAAUCCAUAAUAUAGCAAAUAAUAUUUUGAGAGACCAGUGUAAGGCACAAGGAAUAUAUGUACACAGCCAGCUGAGGGCAGGAGAAAAUGGGCAAGUGGCAAAGAGAGAGGGAUCAAAAAUGAGAGCAAAGGACUGGAGGUCAGAAGAUGGUGCCCCAGAUGGAGUGUUCUUGGAUGGGGGAAAAGUAGAAGGUGGGCAGGGAGAGAGGUAGGGACGGGUGGGCUGCUUUUCCUGGCCUGUCUAGCUAUUUGUCCAGGUGUGAAAAUGUGUACUCACAGAGGCUGCCCCUAGGCCAGGGGUGGCCAGCGCUGACUGGCAACAAGCCGAGGCCAAUGAGUCAGAGUUUCUCCUGGGGUUGGCAGCCAUCCCUCUCUGGGACUCCCACCACCCCUUCCCUCACCCCUCCUACCUCCACCUCCCCACGCCUCGACACACUGCCUCAUCUGUCACUGUCAGGUAUGCCUGCGCAGGGCUGCAAGGAUCAAGCUGGCCCUGUGAAAAUGAGAGAGGAUGUUUGCCCAGCUUACAGAGCCUUUUGAAGUUAGGCUGAAGGAACACAGUUCUCCUCACCUAGAGCCUGUGCUUAUCACAUAAUAUGAUUUGUAUAGCAGUCUUUUUUGACAGGCUUUGAUACCUCUCCACAUUUUCCACCAACAGCCGCUCCUUUGUUUCUAAUUUAACACCUGGUUGUUGUAUUGCUUGUCUAAAAAUGGCAGAAACUUUGUUGUUCUAACUCAUUACAAAGCGAUGAGGAGUGUAAGAAAGUGUGUCUGAAGCCCUUAUAUUUUUGCUCAGAUCAUUGUGGAGAAAAAUACUGAUGUGCCAUCUUGUUGUAAGACAUUUUCUUUGUGUAUUGUAACACAUGAAGUACCUCUCACAGGCCUCUGGUUAUAGAAUGGUCCACUUAUGUCUGUUUCCUAAUCCCUCAGUACAUAAAAAAGGUGAAUUGUCCUUUUUUUCUAAGUGGGAAGUACAAAAAAAGUGUAUUUACAUAUUAUGUGGAUAUCUAGUGGUAUUACUGCGAUGUUUCGUACCCGAUUGCUCAACAAAUAUAUUUUAAGAUGUAAAUAAUAAUAUUAUAUGAUGAUUGUAUUUGCAAACCAUGUACUAACUGUUUGGGAGUAGCUCUUGGAUUGAUUUUUAUUAUAAUUAUUAUACAAAGAGAUGAACCGUGAAUAUGUUGUGCAUUGUGUCAAAGUAUCACCUGCAAGACAAAAAACAAAAACAAAAAAAAAAUCCUGUGAUGCUUUACCACACCACUCGCUGUCAGCAUUUAUUUGUUCAUAAUGGCUUAGUACAAGCACUGUUGUCAGUUGUCUAAACCAUGAAUUUAUCCAUUGAGUCAUAAAUUAUUUAUUUGUUGUCAAGAUGAAUAAAAUCAUAAUGGUCAUUUCUGGGUCUUAGGAGUCUGUUGAAAUUGAUCCUCAUAAUCAAACUUGACUGAUCUUUGUUUUGCAUUGAGAAGUUCAUUUCAAAUUGGUCUGAGUUGACUGGCACCAACCAAUAGCUUUCAUUUCUCCUCACUCCAUACUGUAUAUUGUUUUAUCGAGUCUUAUCGCAAUGCCUUUGUGUUUGCUGAGAAUUUCACCAACACUGUAAAGGUAGCCAUCAGACUCAGUAGUCCCUCCCUCUGAUGGCCUCCUCUCUCUUUGGUUCUUACACAGUAUGCACUUUUUCAGGCACAUAUACAACAUAUUGGACUUUUAUGUUUCAGUUGAUGUUUCUCUCUGUUUUCACAGUUGCAAUUAUAUAUAUUUUGGUGCUCUGGUACAUGGCAAAACAUGUCCGAUGUGUACUAUAUUUUCAUAAGGAAGAGUCAUGAAGAUGAGUAUCAUGUUCAUUUUGCUGUCAUUUAUUGUGUAGAAAUAAAACACUGGUUAAAGUGAACAUAA